GAUAUUCGAUUUUUUCCGAAAUUCCGAAAUUUCCGAUUUUUUCGGAAUCGGAAUGAGUUUCUAAAUUCCGAUCCGAUCCGUCCGAUUUCCACCCCGUUAUCCUUGGGUCAUCUUCUCAACAGCAAAAUCCGAGCUUUCAUCACUCAAAAAGAUGGUAUCUUUAAGGGACACUGCGAGAGUGUUGGAUGGGUUAUCUCUGGUGGCUAAGGAGGGCAUCAGCCGCUCCAACACCGUUCCAUUGGAAACUGCAAUCAAGGCCGCCAUCCUCUCCGUCUCCGAUGUUGUCGGUCUCACCAAAGGAAAACUCCGUCAGAUUGAUAAUGAUGUUCACAGACAUACUGUCACCGACAGUGUCAUCUUCUUUAAGGAUCAUGUUCCCGCUUCCAAUUCUCAUCCUCCACCGACGCCUGGUGCAGAUGCAACUGUGCUUCUAAAUAUUGGUUCUUCCAUGGAUCCAGAAUCCCAAACUUCCGUGGAUGUAUAUCCCCCGCCUGGUGCUCUCUCGACCUCGAAUGCCACUAUAGUUGACGGUGCUGUCAUUCCCGAAACUUCCGUGGAUGUAUGUCUCCAGUCUGCUGCUCCAUCGACCUCAAAUACUACUGCAGUGAAUGGUGUUGUCACUCCCUUGAAGCAGAGGAGGCUCAGGGAAAGGAAAGUCCCUUCUACUCCUUUCUCCAGAGCCAUGGGGUUUGCUGGACUUGGAGCUGGUCUUGCUUGGGGGACACUUCAGGAGUCUACAAAGAGGGUCUUGUUUGGUACGCCUAACUCAGAAAACAACCAACAUGCCCUUUCCCCAUACUUGUCUGAGAGAAAUGCAGAACGUUUAGCUCUUGCAUUAUGCAGAAUGCGUGGAGCAGCUCUCAAAUUAGGCCAAAUGUUGAGCAUCCAGGAUGAAUCUCUCGUACCUGCUCCAAUAUUAGCAGCUUUAGACAUUGUCCGUCAGGGUGCAGAUCGGAUGCCAAGGAAUCAGCUCAAUCAGGUUUUGGAUGCUGAAUUGGGUUCCAACUGGUCAUCAAAUUUGACAAGUUUUGACUAUGAGCCAAUGGCUGCAGCAAGUAUAGGACAGGUCCAUCGUGCUGUCACGAAGGAAGGUUUGGAGGUUGCAAUCAAAAUUCAGUAUCCAGGAGUUGCAGAUAGCAUUGAAAGUGACAUCGAUAAUGUUAAACUGCUAUUAACUUAUACAAACUUGUUACCAGAAAAAAUGUACCUCGACAAUGCAAUGAAGGUUGCGAAAGAGGAACUUUCUCGUGAAUGUGACUACGAAUUGGAGGCCAAAAAUCAGAAAAGGUUUCGCAGUCUCCUGACUAAUACAAAGGGCUUUUAUGUUCCAUUUGUGGUGGAUAAUAUAUCUAGUAAAAGAGUCCUGUCUACAGAACUGGUUCCUGGCAUUCCAAUUGAUAAGGUGGCAUUAUUGAGCCAAGAGACUCGCAAUUAUGUUGGAAAAAAGUUACUGGAGCUUACUUUGAUGGAGUUAUUUGUCUUCCGUUUCAUGCAGACUGAUCCGAACUGGAGUAACUUUUUAUAUGAUGAGGCGGAAAAAUCGAUCAAUCUUAUAGACUUUGGAGCUGCUAGGGACUACCCAAAACAUUUUGUAGAUGAUUAUAUAAGAAUGGUGCUUGCUUGCGCAAAUAAUGACAGAGAAGCAGUGAUUGAGAUGUCAAGGAGACUUGGAUUUCUUACAGGAACGGAAUCUGAUAUUAUGUUAGAGGCUCAUGUCCAGGCGGGUUUUGUUGUGGGGCUACCAUUUUCAAAACGUGGAGGGUACGAUUUUGGAUCUACCAACAUUACUCAAAGCAUAUCAAACCUUGGUGCAACAAUGCUCAGGCAUCGGCUCACACCACCACCCGAGGAGGCUUAUAGCCUACACCGCAAGCUUUCAGGUGCUUUCCUUGCUUGCAUCAAGCUUAGGGCUGUUGUUCCCUGUCGGGAGAUUCUGCUCCAAGUUUUUGAGAAUUAUCAGUUUGCUGAAGAAGCUAGUGCCAAAAUCUUGUCAACAAGUUCAAUUUAAUUUAGUAGUGAUAUAGACGAAUAAAUAUAUGGCUGCGGCUAUAUGCAAUACUCAUUCCACUUGUGUAAGACCAAAUUAAAGAAAAUUCCAAAAGAUUCUAUUUUAUUAA